AGAUAUUUAAAAAGUAAGAACUGUCAAAAUGUUUAUGGAUUAUGGAAUUUUAAAAUUUGUUUAUUUUCCGGAGAUGAGAGAUUCUGACGGCGUAUAAUUUGGUUAAUUGUUAAUUUCAUGUGUUAAAAAUGGUUUCGAGUGAAGAAGAGGUUGAAGUAAAACCGGCCGAUGAGGCUGUAGAAUGGGACGUGGACAUGGAUAUACAGUUAUUUUACGCAAUGGCAAAUCAUAAGCCGGUGGGAAUAAACAAACAUUUCCACAUGGCUUGUAUUUGGGAGAAACUUUCUAAUUCUAUCACAAAGGAAAUAUCUACACAAGACAUAUGGAAGCAUUUGGAAAGCUUGUAUGACAUGUCCAUGUUAGAUGAUACAGAGCCUAUACCAUUUCCAAACCACGAGCAACCAUUCAGCCUACCUGAGAGUGAGUUUGGGGCUCUGAUCAAACAGAAAUGUAAAGACGCCAUCUUAGGUGAUGAGAGUGAAGAUGUUCGGAGCCCCUCGCCUAAGGUCACAACCCCUAGAAGCAGUUCUAGGGGCACUGCAUCUAAAGAUAGUACUCCUAAAGCCAUAGCAACAGUUAGUCAGCGCAAAGACAGUGUUAGCGCGCUCUCCACCAAGACUCGUAAAGAAAGUGGGAGUUCACACGCCUCUACUGAUACUCCUAGCAUCAAAUCUGAAAAAGAUUAUGAUCGAAGGAGAGACUCCCGCGACUCAAAUGCGUCAGGUCCUAGAGACAGUUCCAGUAGCAGAAAGUCUACAUCGCAAAGAGAAAAAACAAAGUCUAAAGUCAGCUCUGCGGCUGCGUGGGAGUCUCCACUGAUAGACGAAGACAGCGGCCGCCGCGGCCGCCGUCGCGCGAACACCUCGACCCCUCCGGCCACGACCCCCGCCAAACGUCGCCGCACCUGACGCCAGCCGACCAAUACCUACCACCACUUCUUCUGACACUCGCAGCGCCCAUGGUGGGGCCACCGAACCCACGUGCGCGGGCGUGAACGGAGUGCAGUGAAUGUGCUUAACUCGUAACUUACAAAAGACAGAAUGAAAUAUACAAGCAUGAAUAAGUGUGAUUUUGCAUUCAUUUUAUGGAUAUUUAUACUCCUUGUAUGAUCAGUCUGUUAGGGUUGCCGCAAACUUUUGCCUUUAUUAUAACAAAUUUGUUUUCCAGCAAGGUACUGAUGAGGAUUGUUCAUUUUAGCAUGAUAAUAAUACCAAUAAAGGAACCCCGACAAGCGACAACAUUCUAAGAUUUGAAUUUUACUGUUUACGAUAAUGUGGGACUAUCCAGGUUACCUCCCUUAAAAAAGUAUAUAUGGCGCUGUUCCGAUUUAAGGUGAUAAUUACCUAUUUUCUCAUUGCUCGCGGUAAAUAAUUAUUCAAAAAUAUUAUUAUAUUUGAUGCCAAAGGCAUAUAUAAAACUAAUUGGUGCGUGGUAUUUGGAUUAGAUACGUAGGUAUAGAAUUAUGUUAAAUUAGGUACCUAUAUUGCUUCACUUUAUUUUGAUCAGAAUAAUAAGGGGUGGAAGAUGUGAUGUGCCUUGGUGUAAUAACAACGGUCAUCAUUUAUGCCCAAAAACAAAGAUGAAAGUUGCUUAUUUUUGUUUUCAAUGAAAUUAGAAGUUCAACGAAAGAAAAUCCGUACAGCGAAAUCUAUAUAUUUUUUUGGGGAACGUAGCCUGGAAAUUCCUUAUUACAAGCCUCUUACAAGCAAAUGUUCGUGAUCCUAACUCUAUAAUAUCUGUGGGUCCCACCCUUCGAAGGUCCACUCCAUCUUUUAUGAAUGACUUGACUUUUGUAGUAGUAUUAUUAUGAAAUGAUGCACUUUAAUGUUUACAGUUAAUACUUGGUUAUGUACCGAAUAUUGCUGUACCAACCCAUACUAUAGUUUAUGUAUUAAAUAAACAAUACUAUUAGUA